UGGUACUAAUGGUCAAACUCCUUCCAAGUGGUAUAAGUGAAAAAAUAACAAGGACAACAUGUAGGGAGAGAUGGCGACUGGAGUGAAGAGCGCUUUAAAAGCGGUCAAGGACGGGGGAUUCAGCAACUUCCUGCGAGACCUCAAGGAAGUAGGUUUCUUGAAUGUGCUUUUGGAUGGAAAUCUCUUGAAAACCAAAAUCCAUAACAUAGGGGCAACACUUGUUGGAGUAGAUAAAUUUGGUAAUAAGUAUUAUGAGAAGUAUGGAGACACUCAACAUGGAAGACACAGGUGGAUUGAAUAUGUUGAAAAGAAUCGCUACAAUGCAUCUCAGGUGCCACCAGAAUGGCACGGUUGGCUCCACCACAUAACUGAUCACACAGGAGACGAGCUUCUGAUGCUGAAACCAAAGAGAUAUGGUGUUGAGCACCGGGAAAACUUAUCCGGAGAGGGGGAGGAGUAUAUUUACCAUUCCAAGGGACAUGCCCUCAACCCUGGGCAGAGAGACUGGUCCAGGUACCAAUCCUGGCAACCCACCAAGACCCAGUAAUUCGUCGCUGAUUUUCUAUACAUGCAAAUGCUGGAUUUUUACUUCUCAUUUCCUUGAAUAAUAAUAAAUCUUGUACUUGUUUGAAACAGUAGAGAUUUUGCAUAUUUUUACCACAACUAAGCGGUGGCCUACCAACUUCAUAUCCUAAUUGUUGGGAUGCACUUUCAAGUAUCUUCAAGUGAUAUUAUCAUAUUUCUUUUUUUAUCUUCAACACUUCAAUAAGAAUCAAGAACUUUUUCC